AUGACUGUGUCCAAAGCUGCGAGCAAGCCUCAAAUCCAGCGGGUUCCCGCCGGUGCCGACCCCGACAUGCUCGGCCAAAUCUUUGAAGACGACGGGGCUGCUAUCGUCGAGGGCCUGUUUUCGGCCGACGUGAUCCAACGCUUUAACCAGGAACUUGACCCCUACGCAAAGGCCGCUGUAGACGGGGUGCAUACGAUGUAUAACUUUCGGGUUCCAGCACACUCCAAAUAUGUCGCUGGCCUGCCAACGAUCAGCAAGACCUUUCGGCAUGAGAUUCUGAAUAGUCCCACUCUCCAUGAUCUGUGCAGAAGUACCUUCAAGGCCACUGGAGACUACUGGCUUACCGCCUCCUUUCUGAGGGAGUUGAGCCAAGGACACGCUGCCCAAGACUAUCACCGCGACGAAAGUACACACCCUCUACUUCGCCACCAAAAGCCUGAAGCGCCCCCUAUUACGCUCAGCAUCAUUAUUGCCUUGACGGAUUUCACCGAAGCCAAUGGCGCGACACGGGUCAUUCUGGGAAGUCACAGAUGGCCAGAGAUUGGCACGCCAUCUGAUGACCAGGCCGUGCGGGCCGUGAUGAAAGCCGGAGAUGUCCUUGCUGUGAGGCAAGGUGUGGUCCAUGCCGGGGGCGAACAUCGUGGACAGAGCGCCCAGCCACGACGGGCUGUUCUGGCUUACUUUGGAAGUUGCCAGCUCACUCCAUUUGAGACUCAUAUGGCAAUGCCCCGUGAACUGGUUGAGAGUAUGACCCCUCUUGCUCAGCAAAUGAUUGGCUGGAGGUCCGUGAAACCUGCGUUACCGAAUAUGUCCGGACUCCAUACUGCCCGAAUCCGACUGCUUGAGGAUGAACUGCAGUUGAAAUCCAACCAGAAAUUAGACAAGACGGUGUGA